AUGCCCUCUCUAACAGCGACCUACACAUCCCCGACCUCGGACCCCCAAACCUUCACCUCCGAACUCCCCGCACUCGCCUCACCACCCACAACCACCGAUCGCGUCGCAUAUCUCGAUGCCCUCUCCUCGUCCCUCAAGACCCUCCAGGCAGACGUAAACGCAUUCCUAACGCAAAAAAUGGCCGACGACAAAGCCGCCGACGACGCAAAAGACGAGGAGACAUAUGGCGAGGAAGUCGUUGAUGAAGACUGA